GGGAAGGUGUCGGGGAAGCUGCGCUUGGGCACACUCGCCUUGCUCCGCGGGCUCCUGGUUGUGUCAGUCUGACGGCCGGGAAAAGGCAGGGUUUGGGACGAACCGAAGUGCGUGCGUGUGUGUGCGCGCGCGCGCGCGCUCGUGUCAUACAUGCAAAUGUGCGUAUCUGUGAUUCCACAGAAGCUUUCCGGGCUGUUCAAUUGCAUGAGACGCCCCGAUGAUCAGAUCCCCCGAGGCUUGUACCCAGUGCGUGUGAUACGAAGCAGAUCAGCAGGGUGCGUGUGUACACGUAUACGUGUCUGGAUAGGUUGGAAGGCUGAGAGGUGUCUGCACAAGUGCGAAUAACAGUACAUCAGUGUCAACCUUUGCCACACAGAAGCAAGACAGUGUUUCCCAAAACAUCCCAGCAAGCUCCGUGUUCUAGACUUUCAGAUUGGUUGGGCAGCUUCUGAGCUGAUAUAUUACCAGCAUCAUGAACUGGAACAAAGGUGGACCUGGCACCAAGAGAGGCUUUGGUUUUGGUGGGUUUGCCAUAGCCCCUGGAAAAAAAGAGGAACCUAAGCUCUCUCAACAGUCCCAUAGCGCUUUUGGAACAGCUGGCUCUUCUGCUGGGUUUGGGAAGUCAGGGCCACCUCAGCUCCCUUCCUUCUACAAAAUUGGUUCCAAGAGAGCUAACUUUGAUGAGGAGAACGCGUACUUUGAGGAUGAAGAAGAAGAUUCCAGCAAUGUUGAUUUGCCAUACAUUCCUGCAGAGAAUUCCCCCACUCGCCAGCAGUUUCAUUCCAAAUCAGGAGAUUCUGACAGUGAAGAUGAUCCUCUGGAAGCAUUCAUGGCUGAAGUGGAGGAUCAAGCUGCUCGGGACAUGAAGAGACUUGAAGACAAAGACAAGGAAAGAAAGAAUACAAAGGGUAUUCGAGAUGACAUUGAAGAGGAAGAUGACCAAGAAGCUUAUUUCCGCUACAUGGCAGAAAACCCUAAUGCUGGUGUGGUACAAGAAGAGGAGGAAGAUAACCUGGAGUAUGACAGUGAUGGAAAUCCAAUUGCGCCAUCCAAAAAAAUCAUCGAUCCACUUCCACCUAUUGAUCAUUCAGAGAUUGAAUACCCUCCAUUUGAGAAGAACUUCUAUGAUGAGCACGAAGAGAUUACCACCCUCACACCCCAGCAGGUGGUGGAGCUGCGACAUAAGUUGAACCUGCGGGUCUCUGGUGCUGCUCCUCCAAGACCGGGCAGUAGUUUUGCCCAUUUUGGAUUUGAUGAACAACUUAUGCAUCAGAUUAGGAAAUCUGAGUAUACCCAGCCCACUCCUAUACAGUGUCAGGGUGUUCCAGUUGCACUGAGUGGCAGAGACAUGAUCGGCAUAGCUAAGACUGGCAGUGGCAAAACAGCAGCCUUUAUUUGGCCAAUGUUGAUCCACAUCAUGGAUCAAAAAGAACUGGAACUGGGAGAUGGUCCCAUUGCAGUGAUUGUGUGCCCAACCAGAGAGCUUUGCCAACAGAUCCAUUCAGAAUGCAAGCGCUUUGGUAAAGCAUAUAACUUACGCUCCGUAGCAGUGUACGGUGGUGGAAGUAUGUGGGAACAAGCGAAGGCUCUGCAGGAAGGAGCGGAGAUAGUGGUCUGCACACCAGGUCGCUUGAUUGAUCAUGUGAAGAAGAAAGCUACCAAUCUUCAGAGGGUCUCGUAUCUUGUAUUUGAUGAAGCAGAUCGAAUGUUUGAUAUGGGUUUUGAAUACCAGGUCAGAUCGAUCGCCAGCCAUGUGCGUCCUGACAGACAAACUCUCUUGUUCAGUGCUACUUUCCGAAAGAAAAUUGAGAAAUUGGCAAGAGAUAUCCUGAUCGACCCAAUUCGAGUGGUUCAGGGAGACAUUGGAGAGGCAAAUGAAGAUGUUACUCAGAUUGUAGAGAUUUUCCUCUCUGGCCCUACCAAGUGGAACUGGCUGACUCGACGCCUGGUGGAGUUCACUUCUUCUGGGAGUGUUCUCCUGUUUGUUACCAAGAAAGCAAAUGCAGAAGAGCUAGCCAAUAAUCUCAAGCAGGAGGGUCAUAAUCUAGGCCUCCUUCAUGGCGAUAUGGACCAGAGUGAAAGGAAUAAAGUCAUUUCAGAAUUUAAGAAAAAGGGAAUCCCAAUACUGGUUGCUACUGAUGUGGCAGCUCGUGGUUUGGAUAUUCCUUCUAUUAAGACUGUGGUCAAUUAUGAUGUGGCCCGGGAUAUAGACACCCACACCCACAGAAUUGGACGUACCGGCAGAGCAGGCGAGAAAGGAGUAGCAUACACUUUGCUGACUCCCAAAGACAGUAAUUUUGCUGGUGAUCUUGUCAGAAAUCUGGAAGGUGCCAAUCAGCAUGUUUCCAAAGAGCUGUUGGACAUUGCAAUGCAGAACCCCUGGUUCCGGAAAUCCCGUUUCAAGGGAGGAAAAGGCAAGAAGCUGAACAUUGGAGGUGGUGGCUUGGGAUACCGUGAACGCCCCGGCCUGGGCUCAGAAAAUUCUGACCGUGGGAACAACAGCAAUGUGAUGAGUAAUUAUGAGGCAUACAAGCCAUCCACUGGGGCAAUGGGAGACAGACUGUCUGCAAUGAAAGCAGCAUUUCAGUCCCAAUAUAAGAGUCAUUUCAUUGCAGCCAGCCUGAACAACCAAAAAAGUGGUAGCUCCACCGCUGGUGCCAGUGGCUGGACCAGUGCUGGGAGUUUGAAUUCAGUACCAACGAGUUCAGCACAGCAGAGUGCUGCAAAUCCUGAAAGCCAGCUUGCUACAGCUGCAGCAAAGGGGAUCCCUGGGUUCACCAGUGCUGGGAAUCUGAGCAGCGUUCCCAGCUUCCCACCCAUUGGGAUUCAGGGAUAUAAUAACGUGAACACCAGCAGCAGCAACCGAGAAGGUGGCCCUGGCAUCGGUGGCCCUGGCAUCGGCAGCCCUGGUAUCGGUGGCCCUGGCAUCGGCAGCCCUGGUAUCGGUGGCCCUGGCUUCGGUAGCGGCAGAGAGAGAUACAAUGACAAUCGCAGCGGGCGCCACAGUGACAGUCCGCGCCACGGUGAUGGAGGUGGGCGCCACAGUGACGGUCAGCGUCAUGGAGAUGGAGGUGGCCGCCACAGUGAUAGUUACCGCCAUGGAGACGGACGACAUUUCUACAAGGAGAAAGCGGCAGAGGACAGCCAUCGCCACAGUGAAAGCCGGCAUUCUGCUGGUGGAAGCGGCAGCAGCCGACACAGCGACAACCGUAAUAAUGGUGACCCCAGGAAUAGUGGUGACCCCCGGAAUAGCAAUGAAGGAAGGAUCAAUGAGAGCAGGAACAUCGAGAGCAAGAACAGCGAGAGCAGGAAAGAAGGUGGCAACCGAGACAACAAGUCGGAUGGUUUUGCUGUCCCAGAGCCCCCAAAGCGCAAGAAGAGUCGAUGGGACAGUUAAAAGUGGGUGAAUUGCAACUUAAAAUCCCUGCAGGGGGCGGUGUCUCUUUAUGGAGGAUUUCCUGGUAUUUGGUAAAUGGUUACUGAGCAGCUGGGGGACGAGAAGGAAACCAUACAAGUUCCUGUGUGAGGCGGGGCCAGUAUGCCUGUAGACAGCUUCACUUUAAUGACGUGUACACACAAUGCUAUUGUCAGAGAGAGAUCAUUUUUAUAAAGCUUUCCUGGGUUUUGCUUUUAAAAAUUCAUUGCUCAUGUGACUUUCUGCUGGAUUUAAAACCAGAUCCUGUUAACAAAAAAGCAGUCAUUUGUUUUGCACACUGCAAACAUUUAAGAAACUGUUGUCCAGACAGGUUUAAAGGGUUUUUUGUUUUGUUUUGGCUUGUUUUUUUAAAUCAGUGUACACAUUUAUAAGCCCAGCCCAUCUGAAGAUGCUCAGGACUCACCUGUUAGACAUUAACUUUUCAGCAAUUUGUGCGAUACUGUGAGUUUUCUCUAAUCUGUUCCUUCAUUUUCCCUGCCCCUCCACCACUUCCCUUCCUCCCAGCCCCUCUACCGCCCAAAUAAUUUGGUCUCAGGCUCACCUCCUGAUUAAGAAUGUAUACAUGUGUGUUGAUAAUGAUCAGAGAGAGGGUUGAUCUUUAUCGGGCGGUGUUAAGAGUUUUGUCUAGCCCAGUUUACUAUAAUUCCACAUUUCGUCUAGGACAGAUUCCCCAUCCUGUUAAUAGCAAAUACAAUGAUCCCACUGCUUUUAUUUUUGAUGAGACCCCUCUUACCUAAAAUCUUCACCUUGGAAGCCUGCAUAGCAUGCGUCUCUGCUGUGCCUAUUCUGCCCUCUGUUGUGAGAGGGUUUGUUAAUUUCCCAGACAAAAGGGAAAACCUCUCCUAUAUGUCAUGCUAAACAUGAGCCAGUGUCCCCCUCCCUUGCCCUGGGAGAUGAGAUUAACUGGGGAACAUUUUAUAUGUCAGUUAAGGGGUCUGCUGCUGAAAAGCUUUUAGGGGAGCCCAGAACAGUGACUGGCAAAAUAACCUGACUCAGAUAUUUGCCCCGUCUCAGAGACCUAGUCAAAAUGUAAAAUCUCGUUUGACUGGUUUUAACUCUUGAUUUGUCAUGUGUAUUACCUGGGGUUUUUUUAACUUUUCUUUUGCCCUCACAGUAAGAAAAAAAAUAUUUAGCUGAAGCAGUUCAAUGCCCACCUCUGUCUUAUUUCUACAAGGAGAAGUGUCAGAAACUGUCAGGUUUUUGUGAUUUUGUGAUGUUUUCUUUAUCAGCUGUGCGUUUACUUUCUGCUUGCUCUAGUAAAUGUUUUAUUAUUGGGAUACAA